AUGUCAUUCAAGGCUUCUGGCCCCAAAGUCCGUCCGGAUCGAGUCAAAGAACCUCCACGACCGCCAUCUCCCAUCGUGCCCAACACCAACACCAAUCCGAUUCGCCCAUCAUGGAAUUCGCAAUCUCACUUUCACUCCCGCCGCUCCUCGUCUUCCUCCAUAGCCUCCUUUCAUUCAGCUCGUUUCUCACAGGAUGAAGAGUCUAAGAUGGUCGCCUCGUCUCAAAUCCUCAAAGCCGAAGCCAAUACUCAAUUUGCAGGACAUGAUUACUCACAGGCCAUUUCCACGUAUGAUAGGGCCUUGGCCCAGCUACCCAGUUACCUCAACUAUGAAAUGGCUGUUUUGCAGAGUAACAUUGCCGCAUGCCAUCUCAGGCUAGAACAAUGGAAGGAGGCCGUGCAGAGUUGCGAGAAGGGACUUGAUGGCCUUGAGAGAGAGAUGCCUACCAAACCGAAGCCGAAACCCAAGAAAAGGAAGCAGGACAAAACGAAAGCAAAAGAGUCUACAAAAACAAGGUUGAACUCCGACACUGAGUCCGAGGACGAGAUCGCUAAAGAGUCCGAGCAACAAGAUGACACUAUUGUUGAACUAGACUCGGAUCAAGACGAAGCCGCUGCCCUGGCCUCACUAAAUAUUUCUGACGCCCGAAAAGAAGACAUCCACCGCAUCCGUACCAAACUUCUCCUCCGCCGUGCGAGAGGCCGUUCAUCUAUGCCUGCUCAGUCCGGUUCCAGUACUUGGGCCAACCUCUCCGGCGCACUGGAGGACUACAAACUCCUUUCCACAUCAGCCUACUCCAGUACACUCCCAAUCUCGGACCAGAAGACCGUUCGUGCCGCUCUAGUCAGUCUGCCGCCACAAAUUGACAAAGCCAAAGAGAAGGAAGUCAGCGAGAUGAUGGGAAAGUUAAAAGAUCUGGGUAAUGGCAUUCUCAAGCCCUUUGGUCUCUCGACGAACAAUUUCAAGGUUGUUCAAGGUGAGGGCGGCGGAUAUAGCCUUAGUUUCGAUAGCGGGGGUGGGGGUGGUGAUCAACAAAAGAAGUGA